UUCUGUGUUUUUCAACACUAGAACAGCACAUGCGAUGGCAGCCGCACAACAAACUGAUUUCCAAAAGAAUUUUCGCCUGAUUGUGGAGAAGAUCUUCAACCACUGGCAGGAUCUGCGGCUGGCUGUGGAGCAUGGAAUGGGCGGGCGCAAUGGCCAGCAGGUGGCCAUAGAAAUCAUGGACUACACCUAUCAGUACUGCGUGUCCAAUGAGAAUAUCACCCAAGGCGAGCUGCAGGAGGUCGUGGAGGAGCUAAUGGACCAGGAAUUUAAUACCCUGUGCGACGAUGACUCUAUCCCAGAGAUUUGCCGUAAUCUGCUGCGUUACAAGCUGUUAGCCCAGCAGAAUCAGUAUCCCCAAAUCGAGGCGGAGCUGAGUAAACUUCCUGCGGGCAAGGAGUGGCUGCGUCCAGACGUGAAGAUCACCUACACACCCGUUGAAGGAGACUCCUCCUCCGAUGAGGACAUGGACGAGGAUGACGAUGAGGAUGAUGAAAUGGGACAGGAGGACGAAGAGGAUGUUCCCAGCAGCAGUGGUAGAAUGACCCGCUCACAGACACGCAAGCAGCAAGCCCAGGAAUUCGUGGAACCCGAAGAUGGCUGGACCACCGUGCGAAGAAAGUGAUUUUCUUAGGGAUUAUUAAAAGCUUUUUAGUUUUUUAGUUGUAA